AUGACACAGGAUAACAUAAAUAUGAAUAACAGUGCUUUCUCCCCGUCUGACAAAAAAUCGAAUUUUCAGAUACCUGAAAUACCAUUGAAUUCUAGAACUGGUCCAGGCAUUUUGUCCUCAAAUUCUCGAAAAAGCCUUCUGAGUUCUUUAUUGACUCAUGAUGAUGAGUUCGACUUGCAAUCAACUCCUGCCAAUCGUUUGCCUCAGAAAUCGAUAAAGUGUUUACCAAGUCCCGUGACCACAAAAUUGCUUCUCAGAACUGCUGAAGGCUCAAGACCUCAAACGGCUCCUUCUGAACCGGAAAACGGUUUUGAUUGCUUAGAAAAAGUGUCGCUCUGUAGAUACGAUAGUGCAAAUAGGGCUGAUGCUUUUGAAUUAAAUGAACCCAUCGCAGAAAAGAAAUUUAUAUCACAUCCUAGAGGCAAUUCAAUCGAAAAGUGUAAUACUCAGAGCUCAUUGACGUUACGUGAUUUUAAGCAGCGAUCACUCUCUUGUGAGCCUCAAAAAUCAAGCUGUUUGACUUCCAAUUUAACACUUGAUGGAGAUGGUCCAGCAGCUAAAGUCAGGCAAAUGCAAAAUGAACUGGACUCGAUGCGCAAUUUGCUGAAAAUGGCUAAAGAUUGUCAUAAAGAAGAAAUUAAGCUUCUCGAACAAUCAUAUGCGUCCAGAAUGAAAUUGCUUGAGGAGAAUUCUCAAAGGCGGGAACAGCAGACAAUGGGGACAUGCCAAGCCAACCUUGGCAACUACACAUAUGUAAGGUUGGGGCCAAUGGAUUUAGAAUCAAGUUUAAAAAGGGAGCUUGAAUUUAGUUCAACGCAUUACAAUACUCGCAUUAAUCAAUUAGAAGAGCUUCUGGAGACAAACCGAACGGAGUUCACAUCUACCGUUGGAACUGUUAAAGACGACACAUUCAAAAUCGUUGCCAAUUUGCAAAGGGAACACAGCAUGGAGUUAGAGGCACUAGUUGAACAGCAUGCUAAGACAAUAGAAAACUUACGAAAAGCUGAAGCAAUAGAGGCUGGUGCUCUAAAUGAAAUGCAGCCGACCGCUGAAGCACUCAAAUCCCUAUUUGCUGAACUUAUUUCUGCCAUUAAGGAACUAAAUCAUGCGGAAGCUGAGCACUCUACUGCAUUUUCUCAAAGAUCCGCUAAAUUAGAUUUACGGGAGGAAGUUUUGCGAAUGGGAGAAGAACGUCUCUGUGAUCGAGAAAAGGAAAUCGAAAAAAUGCAACUUAUGUUGACCGGCGCAAUCAGCAAGUUGGAGGUGCAAAUGAAAGAGCAGAAUAAAACCUUGGAGGAGGAUCGUUGGGCAUUGAAACAGGAGCAAGUACGUCUAAGUAAACUUCAGAUUGGUAUGGAAGAAGAUAGACGUGCUCUCAUCGAACACGCCGGAAAGGAACGCAAUGAACUUCAAAAACUCAUUGCGAAUUUUCUCGAAGAACAUCGUGAAGCGCAAGCUCGAUUGGCUUCAGAACACAAAUCAGCACUCGAGGAACAACAAGAGCUGAAAGCGGAUAGGAGCAAGUGGAAAAAUAAGAAGGAGGAAGAGAUGAAUAAAUUAAACCGUCUUAAGGAGGAACUAGAGAGUGCUAAAGAGGCCUUUCUUAUUGAGCGCCAUGCUCUAGACGAGCGUACUCACCAACUCCAUUUGAAUGAGAUCAAACUAACGGAGACACAGCAUCACUUGGAUUUUGUCAGAGGUGACUUACAAAACAGGGAGUUGACGCUUUGUAAACGAUCAGACGAAUUGGAUAGGCGAUACGAGGAAUUGACUAAUAGAGCAGCAGCAUUGAAUGGUACUCAGGCUGCGGUUACAGAAAUUGAUGCGAAAUGCCAACGCUUGGCUGAAGAGCAGAGGAAGGUGGAUAAGGAAUUGGAGGAACGCCGUAGUGUGCUUGAUGAAAGAGAGAGGCAACUUGAGAAGAAAGAAGAACGCUUGGCUCAAAGGUGGAAGGAGUUUGAGGAAAAGGAAAAGACGGAUAAGAAAAUCGUUUGUUCCCACUGUAAAAGAGCUGUGAAGAGAUCAACUCGAAGCGGGCUCAACUCAGUUCAUAAAGACCAGCCUGAAAAUCACGUGACAAUACUAACGAUCUCCGUUUCUUAUGUUUCUGACUUGCGCUUCUAG